AUGACGGACGCAAGACGAGAGCUAGAGGGGACGACGAAACGACAAUCCAAGGAUCUCGAAAGCGCAGUGAAAGAGUACCGUCGGCGAUAUGAAAUACCGCCGCCUCCCCAUUUCGACAAAUGGUUCGAAUUCGCGAGAUCCAAGAACGUCCAGCUCAUCGACGAAUUUGACACGAUAUACAAUCUCAUCACACCAUUCUGGGGACUAAAACCGAAAACUAUUCGAGACCGAGCCAAAGAGGCACUAGGAAAUGACAACGCACUCAUCGGCGUUGCCAUACGCAACCACCAGAUUUCACACAUGGAAGGCGGCAUGGAAUGGCAGCGCAAUGCUACGCAAGGCAUGCUAGACGGCUUCCUGAAGUACUUGCCCGAUAUGGACCUCGCAUUCAACAUCCACGACGAGCCGAGAGUUAUCGUCCCCCAUGACGAUCUAACGAGGCUUGUGAAAAAGGCCAAGACGGAGAAUAUGCCCGCGUCAAACUCGGUCAAGAGGCCCACGAAUGAUUUUUCCAAGACGUCCCCUGAGCUGAGCGACAAGAUGAUAUUCGAACAAGUCAAGCACUCGAGGUUCAAUUCGUUUAGCCGACAAGCAACCUGGACUCAUUCGAGAAUGUCAUGCCCCCCGGAGAGCCCUGCCAGAAUUCUAGAGGAAGAUGAGCGAUGGGACGACCUUAGCCAGUACGGUGUUAGCGAACUUGGCUUCGUGUACAACUCCACGGCCAUGGCGGACAUAUGUUUCAGUCCCUCGCUCAGCUCGACAUAUGGCUUCUUUGACAGGCCAAAUACAUAUAAAGUAGUGCAUGACCUCUUUCCCAUCUUCUCGCAGUCCAAGAUCUCUUCAUACAAUGACAUCAUUUACCCUUCGCCGUGGUACUGGUACGACAAGGUCAAGUACAAGGAAGAAGAGGAUAUGCCCUGGGACGAAAAGGACAGCAAGUUAUACUGGCGGGGUUCCACGACGGGCGGUUUUAGUCGCGACGGCGGUUGGAGGAGACAGCACCGUCAACACUUUGUCAAGAAGAUUAAUGCUGGAGGACAGGCAAAGAUUGUCAAAAACCAGGGGAGUCAGAGUAGGCCAAAGUGGGCGGUAACCGAGGUCUCUCGCGCCGAUUACAGCACUCUCACGGACGUUUCAUUCUCUCAUAUUGGUCAGUGCGAUGAGGGAGACUGCAAGGCGCAGCAGGCCUUUUUCAACGUUUCGUCUCGUGUGAAUCAAACCGAUGCCUGGGGAUACAAGUACCUCCUGGAUAUGGAUGGAAAUGCCUUCUCAGGCAGGUUUUUAGCAUUUUUACAAAGCAUGAGCCUGACAUUCAAGUUCGCCUUGUUUCGGGAAUGGCAUAACGAAUGGCUUAAGCCGUGGGUUCAUUAUGUCCCGCUGAGCUUGCAAGGUGAUGACUGGCUCGAGACUGUGCGGUUCUUCAAUGAGAGCAGUUUGGGUGCGGAGGACGGGAAGAACAUGGCGAUGGAGAGCCGAGAGUGGGCAGCGAAGACGAUGAGGAAGGAGGACAUGGAGGUUUGGUUUUUCAGGUUACUACUUGAGUGA